GUUUCAAUAGAAAAACCGAGUGAUACAGAGUUUGAACGAAAUCUGAAUCUAAUGUCCGAUGGUAUGUCCCGACUGAAAGGUCUUGCUCAAGGCCUUAACGAAGAGUUGCGGUUGCAAAAUGAACAGCUUGAUCGAAUGGCUCCCCGAGUCGAUGCAGUCACGGACACAAUGACUCGACAAAAUCAGCAGAUGAAUAAACUACUCGGUGUAAAACCCAAAUAA